GUCAAAAAAAAAAAUAAAUAAAUAAACUUUAAAGUUUGUAGCAAAACAAAGAGGAAAGGCAGGCAAAUAGGAUGAGUAAAACGAGCUUAGCGACGCAGACCAAUGGCACGGAAAAUGGAAACUGUUUUGAUAUCCUCAAAGUGUCUAAUUUAUUCGAAACCAGCCUUCUUGAGGAGGACGACGUACAAUUAGACGCAUACUUGGCAGCCUACGAGGAAAUAAUGAAGUUCUUCCAGCUCAUGGGCAGUGUCUUCAGUUUUGUCAGCAGCGAUGUGCGCAGCAAAAUAGAUAUCCUAUACGCCCUGAGAGCCAAGGACGCGGAGGAGCAGGAACACUUUAAUACCUUCAGGACCAUGCUGGAGUACGAGAAGGAGGCCCAGUUGCUCACUCAGAAGGGUUACGUGUCCGGCAGUCGAACGCUACUACGUCUUCAUCGCGGUCUUGACUUUGUCUACGAGUUUCUCAAUCGGAUCCAGGCGAUACCCGACGACCAAAAGACUGUGGACGUGUGCAAGGAGGCCUACGAUGACACCCUGGGCAAGCAUCACUCCUUCCUCAUCCGCAAAGGAGCGCGCCUGGCUAUGUACGCGAUGCCCACUAGAGGAGAUCUUCUGAAGAAAGUGUGCUCCGAUGUCGAGGCGGCCAAGGAGAACCUGCCUUCCAUGCUGAAGUACAUGAGAACCAACUACGAUCGCACAGAAGGCCUCUACACGCUAUACGAUCUACACAGCCUGCCUUAGAAUCUAUUAUACAUCUGGGGCAUUCAAAAGAUCUGAUAGAGUGAUAAGAUGAAACGAUGCCUAAUACACGAUAUUAUACUUUUAUAAUAUGGUUUUGUACUGUAUAUUAGUCUCUAUCAGAUCUGCUGGCUACCCCGGCGUAGUUUAUGUAGCCAAAAUUUUCUGUGUUGAAUGUGUAACUGCAAGUAUUCGUUUCCUAAGACGUAAGUUUUAAUUUUGCAUUUGAAAUUGCCUGCAAUCGCUCAUAUAUCGCCUUGUCCACAGGCUGUGCAAUAUUUCCGAAAUCCCUCGUAAUUUAACGCCA